AUGGAACGCCUGUUACUGUUCUCUUUUCCUACCGUUGCAGACCUAACACGAGGGUUGACCGCUAACGUGUCGUAUCGGAUAGUGAAUGGAACCGGCGUCUCCAUAUCGGAAUACCCGUUCCUGGUGUCGGUUCAACGGUGGGAGAAGGAAACGAAGACACACAUCUGCGGUGGUACACUGAUCAGCGACUUAUGGGUUCUUACAGCAGGGCACUGCGUCGACGAGAUUGAAAGAGACCUAUCGGUUAUAGUGCGUGCCGAAUCGUCCUUCCACGAUUCCGGCGGUGUACUACUGACCGUUAGCCGGGCGCUGAAACACGAAAACUUCCGCUAUGGUUCCCCCGGGAUCGAUUUCGAUUUCGGUUUGCUCAAGCUGAGCAGCAAGUUCGAACGGGCAGUUCCGAUACGACUCAUUGCCAAGCAUCGACGGAUUCCGGCCGGUGAGAUGUGUACCGUCGUAGGUUGGGGCCUCACCAAAGGUACCGGCGAUCGGGAGCAGCUCCGGAUGGUCCGAUUGCCGAUCGUGGCGCAGUCCGUGUGCGGCGACGCGUACUCCCUGUUCGAACCCAUCACCUGGCGUAUGCUGUGCGCAGGAUACGAAGAAGGACGCCGGGAUGCGUGUGAGGGCGAUUCCGGUGGACCACUGCUCUGCCGAGGUAUUCAGGUUGGAAUCAUCUCUUGGGGUGUUGGCUGUGCCAAACCGAACCGAUAUGGCGUCUACAGCAGCAUAUCGAAUCAACGGUCCUGGAUUCAACAGAUAACCGCUGGCGAAGGUGGAAGCACCCGGCGAAUCUCCUUUCGCAUUGUCAACGGUACGGCCACCCAGAUCACCAGCUAUCCGUACAUUGUGUCGAUACAACGGUGGACAGCCCUGGACAAGACGCACAUCUGCGGUGGAACGCUCAUCAGCGAUACCUGGAUACUGAGUGCAGCUCAUUGUGUGGAGUAUUAUUUCCGCCUCACUCCCCGGACCGCUAUGGUGCGCGCCAACUCUUCGUUCUACCAGAAGGGUGGCAAACUGCACCGGAUCGCGCAGGUGAUCAGGCACGAUAACUUCACCUACAUCACGGGGGACUACGAUUAUGGAUUGCUGAAGCUACAGCGCAGAUACUUGCGAGCGGCACUGGUUAGGUUACCUUCCGGCGAGAGACGCUUCCCACCCGGCGAGCUGUGUGAAGUGAUCGGCUGGGGUUACACCUUGGGACCGGAAUCGAGGGAACAGCUGCGUUCCGUUGCGCUACCGAUCGUGGCGCAGCCCGUGUGCCGUAAGGCGUACCAGUCCACCGAUGAGAUAACGGGUCGCAUGCUGUGCGCAGGAUAUGCCGAAGGUUUACGGGAUGCGUGUGAUGGAGAUUCGGGUGGUCCGCUAAUCUGUCGUGGACAGCAGGCUGGGAUCAUCUCGUGGGCGAUCGGUUGUGCCCGGCCUAACAAGUACGGCGUCUACAGUAGCAUCGCGGCGGGUCGUGAAUGGAUUAAGCAGCAAACAGGCGUUUAG